GAAGCCACCUGUCAAAAGCACCGCGCGCCAUACGCCGUUCCGGGAAAGGCAGACGAACGAUUCAAAACCGCGCACAUCGUGGUGGCCAUUUCGCAAACCUCUAUCGCCGUGUAAGUAAGUGCCCUCGCUGCUGUGCUAAUGCUGCGUAAAAAGCUUAAACUAGACGAGCCAUCACCAGCCGCCGGACUGCCGUGUGUGCCCAUCGGUGAAUUCUCACUUUCCCAGUUUGCAAAUGUACCGAAGGCAAGACUGGGCGCAUCCAAUGUUCCCGCUGAAACUGGUGCCAAAAUACAAGUGAACCAAACGAAACCGGAACCAACGACCGGUACAGUAGCCGUACCAGCUAUGAGUAGCGUUGGCCCGCUUCCAUACUGGCAGCAGGUUUACCAGAUCGAACGAGAACUUUCCGCAGCACUGCGGCAAGUUGCCCUGCCGUGGGAUGUGGCCGCCUGCUACGAUCCGAUCGAGUACGCGGCCGAGAUUCACUGCGCCUAUUUGCAGCGGUUUCUCGACGGUCCGAAGCCGGUACUGUUCAUCGGCAUGAAUCCAGGGCCGUGGGGCAUGUGCCAAACUGGGGUACCAUUCGGUUGCGUUCCGGCCGUGCGCGACUGGAUGGGAUUGCGUGGAACGGUGUCGAAACCAUCGCCCGAGCUAUCUGCCAGACCGGUGGAAGGAUUGGCGUGUACGCGCGAGGAACAGAGUGGAAAACGCUGGUGGGGAUUGUUUGAAGAGCUGUGCGGCACGUCGGACCGCUUUUUCCGGUCCUGCUUCGUGUACAAUCUGUGCCCGUUGGCGUUUUUCCACCAGAGCGGACGAAACAUAACGCCCAGUGAGCUGAAGGGAAAAGCCAAGGGAGAAAUUCAAUCCAUCUCGGAAGCAUUCCUAACGAAGGCGCUAGCGUUGCUAAAACCGACCGUUGUGGUAUCGGUGGGACGGUACACGGAGGACCGUAUAAAAACGCUCACCAAACAGAACCGCCUAGAUCCGGCAAUUGUUACGCACUGUAUGCCGCACCCGAGCCCUCGCAGCCUGAACAACACAAACUGGCCGGAGAAGGCCAAAAGCUGGCUCACCGUGCACGGUAUUAUGCCCUAUCUAAGCGCACCGGGUCAAGAAGCGUCCAGCAGCGACUAAAAGUUGCAAUUAUUGUUACCUCUCUUUACGAAAAAGUAUUCUCUCUCCACAACCGUAUUACUACUGCAACACGUGAACUCUCUCUUCCCACCCUUUCGUACCAAUGGAACGCUUUAUGGAGGACGCCCUGCAGCAGGCUCGCAUCGCAAACGACCUCAAGGAGGUUCCGGUGGGCUGUGUGUUUGUGCGCACGGACGGCCAAACCGAAAAGAUCAUUGCGCGCGGCUGCAAUUUGGUGAAUGAAACGAAAAACGCCACCCGGCACGUGGAGUUCAUCUGCAUCGAUCAGGCGCUGGAGUAUGCGCGGCAGCAGGACGUGACGCCGCCGGAAGCAAUCUUCAGCACGGUGACCGUCGUCGUGACGGUCGAACCGUGCAUCAUGUGUGCGGCGGCACUGAUCGAGCUGGGCGUGAAGGAAAUCAUCUACGGCUGUCGGAACGAUCGGUUUGGCGGCUGCACCGUGCUCGAUGUGCCCGGUUUGCUAAGCGCCACCGUCCCGAUACGGGGCGGCGUCCGUGACGCGGAAGCGAUGGAGCUGCUGAAGGAGUUUUACAAAGGCAAAAACCCGUCGGCACCGAUUCCAAAGCCAAGGGCUAAAAAGGCGUGACACCGAACGCUCCUGCGAAACUGUAAGCAAAGCAUUAGGAUUAAGUUUUAGAAUUAUAUUUGCUUCAAGAGUGUGAAAUCACAAAGAAUUUGUAAUGAAUGAAAUAAUACUAAACGAACGCAUGUUUGUUUUGUCAACUA